AAGAAUCUUGAGGUUGGUGAUUUUUAUUUGCAUUUUACUCUCUGUAACAAUGAGAUUACAUUAAAGUAGAAAAAGACAAGUACAAUAUUAUUGAUUCACUUUAACUGAGAGGGCUCCAUCAGAUAAGGAGUUCCCAGGCAAACAGUCAGUUUUUUAUAAUGUGUGACCAGUGUUGGGGAUGGAGUUAAAGAAUGACAGGGAAAUUGAAGGAGUAAGUAGGGAACCUCGGUGUGAGGUAGUGAUUGGUAAUAUUAAGCAAACUCACUCUUCCACUCUCAAAAUUACAGAAUACACCAGCCUUUCCUAAGGUUUCCAUCUAGUAAUGAAACAUUAGGGAGGUGGAGGAGACUAAUGAUUAUCCUUACCCCCCCCAUCCCUGCCUUCAAGGUCUGUCUUAUCUUAGAAUUCUGUCAGGCUUCUAAAGUGUGGUCCUAAAUUCACAUUCACCUUCUAGUAGGGUUUCCCAUACCCUCAGUGAUGCCUAUCAGAAUUUAAAGAUUCAUUUUCUAAACAUCAAACUACUCACAUUGUUAAAAUGCAUAUUGUGAUUGUUUAAUCAUUGGAGGGACGCUCCAAAUCAAUCAGUUGAUUUUUCUGUUCCCCUCAUUAGAUCUCUCUAGUUUUCUUGGACGUUGUCCCUGAAGAUCCCAUUUGGUGUAGGAGCUUUCCAUAGCCAUUUCAGUGGGACAGUGUGAGCCUUGUGCUCUUGAGGGUUGGAUUGGAGCAAACAGCAUGUUCUUUUGAUCUUUAGAAAAUGAUCUUUGUCUCCUUGUGGGUCUUAUAUAACAUGUUCCUCCAUGUUCAGGCAUUGCUUGUAACUGUCUUUUCUAGCAGUACAUACAAGAUUGCUGGUUUUGAAGACUUACUGCUGUGAUAGUCUCCUGCAUAGCGGGCAACAGACAGAGUUUGGACUUCUUCCCAGGAAAGAUGAGGACAGGGCCUGCAAAAGCUGCACCUGCCUUCUGUGGUGCUUGGGUCUGUUAGGUGACUGUCCAUGCAGAUGCAGCAGUAUCUUCAGAAAAUAAGAAAUGGCUAUCUAAUGAAGCUUCUACUGGAAGUGAAAGAGACACAUCAGACCUAGCCCAGAAUUGGUCAUUACAAGACCAUUACAGAAUGUACUCACCGAUAAUAUACCAAGCCCUCUGUGAGCAUGUGCAGACUCAAAUGUCACUGAUGAAUACAUUGGCUUCAAAAAAUGCCCCCAGUGGAAUGCCUACUGCGUGUCAUACUGUAUCUGGUUUAGAAUCUCAGGCAACACCACAUUCUGGUUAUGGCUGCUCCACUUCCACUUCAGUCUGGUCACCUCAGCAGCCGUCCUGCCCUCUAAUGGUUCACUCUGAAGUUCAGACUGAUAGUGAUAACCAUCUUGGAUCACAAGAUCAAACAAGCUCUGUGAACUGCCCUGAUGUUCCCAGGAAUUCAGUUAAUGUUCAUCCUGGAAUUCCGUGUGGCCUUCCCCACAUUGACAAAGCAGCUGUUCCAACGCCUCGGCAGCUGAGUCUUGCUAAUUGGAUUCUGCCACAACAAAGAGCUCCUAAGGAAGCAGACCUACCAAAGUGUUUCCAAACACAUAUGUCUCUGUUUCCAGCUCAUGGAAAAGACGCUCUCUCGGACAGUCAGGCACACCAAAGCCCCACUCAGUUACAGCCAGCCUUCUUGGCCACUAAUGAAGAAAAAUGCGCCAGAGAACAAAUUGGAGAGGCCACAAGCGAAGGAAAAUAUUUAAGCAUGCAUGUGCAAGAUGCAAAAAUAGCCAAGAAUGUACAGCAGGCAGAAAAUGUGAGCCGCACUGCCGAAACAGUCAGAAUUGCCAAGUGCUUGUUGGGAGAGCUCAAGGUCCUGGUCGCAGAACAAGAGGACUCAGAAGUUGAGAGAUUGGUAGCAGAAUUAGAGGCAUGCAUAUCUGGACUUUUAACAGUGAGUGGCCACGCAAAUAUAGAAGUUGAAAUAGCACUGGCCCUACAGCCACUGAGGAGUGAGAAUGCUCAGUUGCGAAGGCAACUAAGAAUUUUGAAUCAGCGCCUCAGAGAAGAAGAGAAAACUCCAAAGGCACCUGGUAACCUUGAAUUGCUUUCCCUUCAGUCGUUGAAUAUGUCACUGCAAAAUCAACUACAAGAGUCACUGAAGAGCCAGGAGUUACUACAGAGUAAAAAUGAAGAACUCUUAAAAGUGAUAGAAAACCAGAGAGAUGAAAACAAAAAAUUUACAACUAUGUUUAAAGACAAAGAGCAAACUCUUCUUCAGAAUAAACAGCAGUUUGACAUUGAGAUGACAAGGGUAAAAAUUGAAUUGGAGGACGCCUUGGCCAAUGAGAAGAACUCUCGGUUUAAAUUAGAGACUGCAGAAAAGGAAAAUCAGAUACUGGGAAUAACACUACGCCAGCGUGAUGCUGAGGUUGCUCGACUUAGAGAACUAACCAGAACUUUACAGAAUAGUAUGACGAAGCUGCUCUCAGAUCUCAGUGUGGACACUGCCCGCUGCAAGAUGGGGAGUAACCUCACCAAGUCACUUCUGAAUAUUUAUGAUCAACAGCUUCAACAGGACCCAACCCCUCCUCACACUUCCAUAAUGAGCUACCUAAAUAAACUGGAGACAAAUCACAGCUUUGCACAUUCAGAGCUCCUCACAAAUGAGGAAGCCACAGAGCCACACAAACUGUGUGAAAAGGUGCUACCCUCACAGGGUCCUCCACAGAGUGACACUAGGGCAGUGAAUGGGGGGUCUGCACCUGGAAUGGCUUCUGCUGCUUUAGUAGAGGAUUCAGAUACAGAAUGUGAAACUAUUGCUUCAAUAGAACAUGAGUGUAACGUGGACAGUACACUUUACAUUCCUUUUGCAAGAAGCACUUCUAAAAAGCAUUCACCACUUUCUGAGAGACUGUCUCCCCAGCCAAUGAAAAGUGUUGCUACAACACAGCUAGCCAGCGUCAAUGCACUUUCCUCUAAAAGAGAACAUAGACUGUGUGCACCACAAGUUUGUUCUUCACUAAACGAAGCAGAAGAUGUGCCUGGGAGUCUUUCCAGAACAUCUGACACAGAGGACAUGCAGCUCCUCAGGAGAAUAAAGGAAGCAAUUGGUAAGAUCCCUGCUGCUGCUCCUGCAGGUACUGAACACCCAAAGGAACAGGCCACACAUGGGCCAUCAGCUUGUCGCUGCCCUGGUGUUCCUGUGGCAGGUAACAUUGUCAGUGAUGUCAGCUUUCUGAAUUCGGACUUGAUGUCAGACUGGAGCAUCUCCUCUUUUUCGACAUUCACGUCUCAUGAUGAACAAGACUUCAGAAAUGGCCUGGCAGCCUUGGAUGCCAACAUUGCUCGACUCCAGAAAUCCUUAAGGACUGUGAGUUUGGAAGAAAACUGAUUGAGUGCAUUUUGUUAAAAGUAGAAUUUGUCUACAUUCAUAGUAUAUUUUAGGUUUCCUUACAGAGAAGUUUUAUACUAUUAAUUAUGUACGAAAUAAUAAAUGGAAUAAAUUUACUGUUAGAAUAUUUUAACACCUGAAGCCUUACAAACAAAUUUUCUUAAGAAAUUAAUGAUUGCUAGGAGAAAAAAGUUGUAGCUAGCUAAGCAAGUGUUGUGCUUCACUAUUUCACAGAGAGUCUUCACUGCUGGGUCAGUGCUGCAGGUACCGAGGACUCUGGCCGUCUGAAGGACGGGAUUAAAGGUGUGCACCAUCACCACCAGGCUUCUUGUUUAUAUCUUAAUGACAGUGUGCUUGUAUGUUUUAGGCUAUGCUGUGGACGACAUGCAUUAACAUGUCAGAGAGAGAAAGGUACCAGUGUACCUAUUUCAUAUCAUACAAUUAGUUGGUCCAAGGAAAUAUAUGUGAUACUUAAAUCUUUGGCAUUUUAUUUAUAUUUGUCCUGAAUGUACAUUUUAACACCUUUCAAAAAUAAAGUCAGACUGAUAAGGUAAUGCUAA